GCUGUUGCUGCUGCCGACAUACAGUGUGCUUGCCACCAGCCGAACUCCUACGUGUCAGACGCUGUCGCGUUUUCACCGCCACUGAUCCCCCACGCAAUGCUGGGUUACGCAGUGUGUUUGAAUGUGUGAGCGUGUGUGUGUGUGCCUGUGUCCGUGGGUGAUGCGCUGUGUUUAACGCUGGAAUCUGUUGGGCGUUAGAGGCUGAAGAAGGCUGAAUGCGGUUUUUUUUGUCUUUGUCCUCGGCAAGUCCAUCGUUGAUUGACCCGCUCACCAAGUUUGGAUAUUUGAAGACAAAGUUUGGGUCUGGCUCAAGGGCGAUGGGAUUGUGAAAUCAGACCAGACCAGGUGGUUGGCAGUCUAGGCGGGGCAGGCGGUGCCUACAGCAGUCUUCAGAGCCGGGCCGUCACAGCAUGUAGCCAGGCAUGGAGGCCAAGGAGCAGCGGACCUACAGCUCCCUCGCCCGCGGGCGCCGGGAGCGGGGGAGAGACGGAGGAGCGUCGGAGCGCGACGGAGAAAGGGAGGCGGAGAGAGAGCGGGAGAGGGAGCGAGAGAUGGAGAGAGAGAGGGAGAGGAGAGGGAGACGGAGGGCUACGGGGAGCGCCGGCACGCGUCGGCCUCGUCGGCGGUCCUCACGCAGAAGUCGUACAGCUCGAGCGAGACGCUUCGCGCCCUGGAGCACACGGAGCCCUCCGCACACACCCUCUACCCGCCGCGACACCGCAUGCCAGACAUGGUGCCCCGCGACAGAGAGGCGUACCGGGGCACGGCCCAGACCCUGUCGCUGAGGCAGCUUGGGAUAUGUAACCCUGCUCCUCGGAGGGGGCUGAGCUUCUGCGCCGAGACCGGCCUAUCACACGAGAGGGCCGGGGCAGACCACUCCCAGGGCGGGCUCCCGGCGGACUGUGCCAUCCGUCUGUGGGGCAGGGGGAGCCUGAAACCCCGCGGUCCCGUGUCCCACCUGUCCAUCCGCUCCAACUCUGCUCUCACGCUCACCGACACCGAACAGGACAACAAGUCGGACAACGAAUGCGAACUGUUGUCCAGCCAGCAGAGCCCGCCCCCUCUGCCUGCAGCCUCUCACCAGCACAAGCAGACGCCGUCAAUCACUUCGCUCAACCACACGCUGGCCAAUCAGACGACAGAGCUUCAGAGCGCCUCAGAAUGUGUUCAGCUGCAGGAGAACUGGGUGCUUGGCAGCAAUGUGGCCCUGGAGAGCAGACACUUCCUGUUUAAGACGGGCACUGGCACCAACUCUCUGUUUGCGGCAGCAUCCCCUGGAUACACCAUGGCAACAGGGUCGGUAUACUCGCACCCGGCCCGUCCGUUGCCGAGGAACACCCUCUCCAGGGGGGCGUUCAAGUUCAAGAAGUCGCCCAAGUACUGCACCUGGAAAUGUACUGCCCUCAGUGCAGUAGGAGUGGCCAUCCUGCUGACAGUCAUCCUCUGCUACUGCAUAGCCAUGCAUCUGUUGGGCUUGAACUGGCGUCUACGCGACACGGAGACCCAUGCCUUUGAGAACGGACGCUCCAGGGCAGUUCCCACGCCCACCGCUGCUGUGUUGACGCUAACAUCUCCAGACAGGGGUCGGACAGGUGUGCCUCCUCAGCAGGAGAACGUGACCUUGGACACGGGUCAGGUGGGGUUGGGGCAGAGGGCCGGACAGGCCGUCCCCCCUGGAGUCUUCUGGCGCUCGCGAUUGGUCAUGGAGGAGCCCAACUUCCUCAAAUUCAACAUCUCCAUCCAAAAGAACGCCCUGAUCGGGGUCUAUGGGAGGAAGGGCCUGCCUCCAACACACACACAGUAUGACUUUGUGGAGUUGCUGGACGGCAGCAGACUGAUAGUCCCAGAGGAGCGCCCCCAGACCGUGCCUGAGCUCAGGGACGCUGUGGAGCGGCCGGUGGCAAUGCACGAGGCCGGCUUCUUCCACUACCUGGACUCAGGUGUGUGGCACCUGGCCUUCUACAACGAUGGACGCACCUCAGAACAGGUGUCCUACAGGACUAACGUACUGGACGCGGUGAUGGAGUGUCCGUUUAACUGUAAUGGCAAUGGGGAGUGUCUCUCUGGCACAUGUCAGUGUUUCCCAGGAUUCCUUGGGCCCUACUGUUCAAGAGCGGCGUGUCCUGUUCUGUGCAGUGGCAAUGGGCAGUACACAAGGGGGCGCUGUGAGUGUCACAGCGGGUGGAAGGGCACAGAGUGUGACAUUCCCGGCAGCCAGUGUGUUGACCUGCUGUGUGGGGGUCACGGUGUGUGUGUGCGUGGCUCCUGUGUGUGCAACACCGGCUACAAAGGCGAGGGCUGCGAUCAAGUGGACUGUUUGGACCCGACCUGCUCUGGCCAUGGGCUGUGUCUGCACGGACGGUGCCACUGUGCACCAGGCUGGAGUGGACCCGGCUGCCAGGCGAAGUCCAGUACCUGUCCCGCAGACUGCUCUGGACACGGAACAUACCAGAUGGAGACGGAAACAUGCAUCUGUGAACCGGGGUACACUGGAUCAGACUGCUCCUCAGAGGUGUGUGUCAUAGACUGCGCCCCGCACGGUGUGUGUGUUGGGGGUUCGUGCCACUGUGAGGAGGGCUGGCGUGGGCUGCGGUGUGACGAGCAGGAGUGUGAUCCUCCCUGCGGCGAGCACGGAGUGUGUCGUGACGCGAUGUGUGAGUGCCGCCCAGGCUGGGCUGGUGAGAGCUGCAGCAUCGCUCACUAUAUGGACAAGGUUGUCAAAGACAAGAUAGGAUACAAAGAUGGUUGCCCGGGGCUGUGCAACAGUAACGGCCGCUGCACGCUGGACCAGAGUGGCUGGCACUGCCUCUGCCAAGUCGGGUGGAGGGGCGCCGGGUGCGAUGUCGCCAUGGAGACCAUCUGCGCAGAUGGCAAAGAUAACGAAGGAGACAGUCUUGUGGACUGCAUGGACCCUGACUGCUGUCUGCAGAGCUCCUGUCAGGCGUCACCCUUCUGCCGCGGUUCCCCCGACCCCCGCGGCCUUGUGGGAGAUCAGCAGAGCCCCGCACCCCAGAGCUUCUACCAGCGCGUCAGCUUUCUGGUUGGCCCUGGUGGAAGCCACACCCUUCCUGGAGACAACCCGUUCAACAGCAGUUUUGUGACUGUUAUUCGAGGUCAGGUGUUGACGAUGGAUGGAACCCCAUUGAUUGGAGUGAAUGUCUCUUUCCCCCACCUGCCGGAGGACGGAUACACCAUCACACGCCAGGAUGGCACGUUUGACUUGCUGGCCAAUGGCGGGGCUUCGCUGGUGCUGAGAUUUGAGCGUCCUCCGUUCGCCUCCCUGUGGCGUUCCGUCUGGGUUCCCUGGAAUGUGUUCCAUGUGAUGGAGCCACUAGUGAUGCACCAUGACACCAAGGACACGCCCAUCUGUGACCUGAGUGGACUAGAGCGGCCACGCCCCCGCCUCACUGCCACUCCUCUUUCCAUAUUCUUUAGCGCCUCCCCCGAAGCCAGCCCUAUUGUACCUGAGACUCAGGUCCUGCAUGAGCAGACUCGUCUCCCGGGGAGUGAGCUGAGACUGGUGUACCUGAGCUCACGGGCGUCUGGCUACAAGCCGGUGCUGAAGGUGACCUUGACCCAGGCAGCCGUGCCCUUCGGCCUCUCCAAGGUGCACAUGAUCCUGUCUGUGGAGGGGAGAAUGCUCCAGAAGUGGUUUCCUGCCUCGCCCAACCUCUCCUACACGCUUCUGUGGGAUAAGACUGACGCCUACGGCCAGAGGGUGUAUGGCUUAGGCAGCGCUGUAGUGUCAGUGGGCUUUGAGUACGAGGCGUGUCUGGGUGUGAUUCUGUGGGAGAAGAGAAGUAUCGCUCUGCAGGGGUACCAGCUGGACUCCUCCAGCAUGGGGCUCUGGACGUUGGACAAACAUCACGCUCUGGACGUAAGCAACGGUAUCCUGUUCAAAGGCAGCGGCGAGCAGCGGCUGCUCUCUCUGCUGCCCCCUGUCAUCGCCACGGUGAUGGGCAACGGGCGGCGGCGCAGCAUCUCCUGCCCCAGCUGUAAUGGGCAGGCGGAGGGCAACAAGCUUCUUGCCCCCGUGGCUCUGGCCUGGGGCCUGGACGGCAGCCUCUACGUGGGGGACUUCAACUACAUCAGACGCAUUUACCCCUCCAGGAACGUCAGCAGCAUCAUGGAGCUCAGGAAUAAAGACUUCAGGCACAGUAACAACCCUGCCCACCGUUACUAUCUGGCCACUGACCCGGUCACAGGGCAGCUGUACGUCUCGGACACCAACUCGCGCCGCAUCUACAGGCCGCGGGCCCUAGGGGGCAGCGUGGAGCCCCAGCAGAACGUGGAGGUGGUGGUGGGCACGGGGGAGCACUGUCUGCCCUUCGACGAGGCCCACUGCGGGGACGGAGGACCGGCUACAGACGCUUCGCUCGCUGGACCCAAAGGCAUCGCUGUGGACAAGAAUGGAUUGAUCUAUUUUGUUGAUGGAACAGUGAUCCGAAAAGUGGACAAGACAGGGGUCAUCUCUACAGUAAUGGGAUCCAAUGACCUUGCCUCUGCUCGACCCCUGGUGUGUGAUGCUGCAAUGGACAUCCAUCAGGUUGUGCUGGAGUGGCCCACUGACCUGGCCAUAAACCCUGUUGAUAACUCCUUGUACGUGCUGGACGGGAACCUGGUGCUGCGUGUGUCUGAGGGGGGCCAGACCAGUGUGGUGGCAGGGAGACCGCUGCACUGCCCGGGGCCCCUGCAGGGCCUGAAGCCCACGGAGAUCCAGAUGGCCGCCCACACCACCUUGGACAGCCCCAGCGCCAUCGCCGUGUCCUACGCCGGCGAGCUCUUCAUCGCCGAGACCGACGAGAAGAAGAUGAGCCGCAUUCAGCGCGUGUCCGCCGACGGGGAGAUCACGCACCUGGCCGGGGCGCCCUCCGAGUGCGACUGCAGGAACGACGUCAACUGCGACUGCUACCUGACAGGAGACGGCUACGCUAAAGACGCGCGUCUCAAUGGGCCGUCUUCCAUCGUUUCCGCGCCAGAUGGCACCCUGUACGUGGCCGACCUCGGAAACAUCCGGAUAAGAGCCAUCGGGCGGACCCGCCCUCCGCUCAACGCCGCCAGCUUGUAUGAAGUGGCAUCUCCUGAGUCAGAGGAACUCUACCUGUUCAACACCAACGGAACACACCGUCACACGCUCAACCUUGUCACGGGAGACUACAAGUACAACUUCACCUAUGACAACAAGGCUGACCUCACUGGGGUGAUCGAUUGCCAUGGGAACACACUCCGAAUCAGACACGAUGCCAGCCAAGUGCCUGUCCGGCUCAUCACCCCUGACAACCAGGUGAUCUGGAUGGCUGUGGACGCACAAGGAGAUCUGAGGUCCCUUACAGCGCAGGGGCACGAGCUAGUUCAGUUUACUUACCAUGGCAAGAGUGGUCUCCUGGCAACCAAGACCACCACCAAUGGCUGGACCACGUUCUUUGAAUAUGACACGGAGGGAAAGCUCUACAACGCCACUUUCCCCACUGGUGUUGUGACUAAUCUUCGUGGCGACAUGGAGACAGACUUCACCGUCACCGUGACAACCUCAGGCCAGGAGGACGAUGCGAGCAUCUCUGCCAACCACACGUCCAUCCAGGCAGUUUUCACUCUGUCUCAGGAUCAACUGAGGAACAGCUAUGUGCUCGGAUACGACCGAUCCCUCAGGAUCCUCUACGCUAAUGGCAUGGACUCCCACUACCAGACCGAACCCCACAUCCUGGCGGGCCCUUCGUGUCCAAUCGUGGCACGCCGGAACAUGACGCUGCCCAGUGAGAGUGGGCAGAAUCUGGUUGAGUGGCGCUUCCGGAAGGAACAGACGAGGGCAAAGGUCACAGUGUUCGGAAGGAAGCUACGGGUGAAUGGCCGUAACAUUCUGUCAGUGGAUUACGAUCGCCUCUUGCGGACGGAGAGAAUCUAUGACGACCACCGUAAGUUCCUGCUGAAGAUCCUGUACGACACGGCUGGCCAGCCUGUGCUGUGGACCCCCAGCAGUAAGCUUCUACCAGUCAACAUUACUCGCACCAGCGGUGGGCUCAUCAGCGCCCUCCAGUGGGGAUCAGAGGCAGAGCGGGUAGAGUACGACAGCCAGGGACGGUUGGUCACCAGAGAGUUCCCUGAUGGCAAGACCUGGACCUACACUUACAUGGAGGAGGCUGUGGUGCUGCUCUUAGCCAGCCAGCGGCAGUAUGUCUUUGAGUACGAUGCCCACGGGCUCCUGUCCGGCGUCACCAUGCCCAGUUUGGCGCGUCACACUAUGCACACGGUCCGCUCUCUCGGGUACUACAGCAACCUCUACCAUCCACCAGAGAGCAACGCCUCGGUGGCCAUUGACUAUCGAGAGGACGGCCUCCUCUUAAGAGUGGCCCAUCAUGGAACGGGCCGUCGGGUUCUGUACCGGUACCGAAGGCAGAACAAAUUAUCUGAGGUUCUGUACGACAGCACCAAAGUCACCUUCACCUUUGACGAGACAGCUGGCGUGCUGAAGACCAUCAAUUUGCAGAACGAGGCGUUCAUCUGCACUAUCCGCUACAGACAGCUGGGGGCGCUAGUGGACCGGCAGAUCUACCGCUUCAAUGAGGAGGGCAUGGUGAAUGCCCGCUUCGACUAUGCCUACGAUGGGAGCCUUCGCGUGGCCAGUGUUCAGGGAGUCAUCAAUGAGACUCCACUCCCCAUUGACCUCUACCAAUAUGACGACAUCUCAGGGAAGCUGGAGCAAUUUGGCAAGUUUGGCGUGAUCUACUACGACAUCAACCAGAUCAUCUCCACCUCCGUCAUGACCUACAGCAAGCACUUCGAUGGCCACGGGAGGGUCAAAGAGAUCCAGUACGAGAUGUUCCGGACGGUGAUGUACUGGAUCGCCUUCCAAUACGACGCUGCGGGCCGAAUUGUGAAGAAGGAGAUGAAAAUCGGGCCGUACGCCAACUCCACUAAGUAUACCUACGAGUAUGACGUGGAUGGUCAGCUUCAGAUGGCGUCUCUGAACGACCGUGUGUCGUGGCGAUACAACUACGACCUGAACGGAAACCUCCACCUCCACUCCAGCCCUCGGCUAACCCCUUUGCGUUAUGACCUCCGAGACCGAAUCACGCGCCUGGGAGACCUCCAGUACCAGCUGGAUGAGGAUGGCUUCCUGCGCCAGCGAGGCUCAGAGAUCUUUGAGUAUAACUCCAAAGGCCUCCUAGAGCGAGUCUACAGCAAAUCCCUGGGCUGGAGUGUCCGGUACCGCUACGACGGACUGGGUCGCCGGGUCUCCUCCAAGGCCAGCGGGGGCCAGCACCUGCAGUAUUUCUACGCAGACCUGACCUACCCAAGCCGGAUCACACACGUGUACAACCACAGUAGCAUUGAGAUCACUUCGCUGUACUACGACCUGCAGGGCCACCUGUUCGCCAUGGAGAUGAGCAGCGGCAAGGAGUUCUACAUUGCCUGCGACAACACGGGCACGCCAUUGGCCAUCUUCAGCAGCGAGGGCCUCCUCCUGAAGCAGGUGCAGUACACGGCCUACGGGGAGGUGCACCUCGACUCCAACCCCGACCUACAGCUCCCGCUAGGCUUCCACGGGGGCUUGUACGACCCUCUCACCAAGCUGGUCCAUUUUGGCGAGCGGGACUUUGACAUCAUGGCAGGCCGCUGGACCACUCCGUGUCCCACCACUCUUAAAGACGUGGGGAAGGACCCCAGGCCUUUCAACCUGUACAUGUUCAGGAACAAUGACCCCAUCAGUCAAGGACACAAUGUACGGAAGUAUGUCACAGAUGUAAACACCUGGCUGGUAACCUUUGGCUUUCACCUGCACAACACCAUACCUGGUUUUCCUGCCCCCAAGUUUGACAUCAACAAUCCUUCAUAUGAACUGAUAAAGAGCCAGAUUUGGGAUGACCUCCCGCCUGUCUUUGGGAUGCAGCAGGACGUUAUCAGGCAAGCCCAGGCCUUCCUGUCGUUCAGACGUCUGCCUGAGGUGCAGUUCGGCCCAACCCCACACACAGAGAGGCCGUGGCUGUGGUUUGCCCCAAGCACGUCCCUGGUUGGACGGGGCGUCAUGUUAGCCGUUAGCCGAGGCAAAGUGGUGGUGACCCACACACUUAGCACCUCCAGCGAGGACUGCAUCAAGCUGGCCUCUGUACUCAGUGGCGCCAUCUACCUGCAGGACCUGCACUACAUGCUGGACAGCUGCGACACGCACCACUUUGUGAAGCCGGGUGCAGCUGACAGCGACCUGGCCGUGCUACAGCUCACAACCGGCCGGCGGGUACUAGAGAAUGGCGUCAACGUGAGCGUGUGGCAGUCGACGGCGGUGGCGGGCGGGCGGACGCGGCGCCUGGUGGACGUGGAGCUGCGGUGUGGGACUCUGGCACUGCACCUGCGCUACGGCACCACGCAGGACGAGGAACGCGAGCGCAUUCUGGAGCUGGCCCGCCAGAGGGCGCUAGUGAGCGCCUGGGCCCGCGAGCAGCAAAGAGUCAGGGAUGGAGAGGACGGCGCUCGCCCCUGGACCGAGGGAGAGAAACGACAGCUACUGAGCGGAGGGAAGGUGCCUGGGUAUGAUGGGUACUAUGUACUCUCCGUUGAGCAGUACCCGGAACUAGCCGACAGCCCCAACAACAUCCAGUUCCUCCGGCAAAAUGAGAUUGGCAAGAGGUAACACACAGUUCCCUUCAGCUUCCUGAAGACAAAGCCAACGGAGACUUUAAUGCUGAGGUAACACAAGAUCGCUGGAGGCAGUGGAUGCUGUGGAUUUUAUUAUAGUCACAGCAUGAGCAAGUCUAAUAAAAUGACAAGAGCAGAGACAAGUGGACCAUUUCUGUGCUUUUUUUUUGCAAGUGAUGAACACAGCUCUGCUUUGAUAUCGGAGUGCUAAAAUGUGAACAAGAACUUGUAGCUGUAUGAGGGAUUGAGGGAGCAAAGUGGACUAAGGACUCAUGAACCUCCUUUAAAUUGGGUGCAGUAAUGUAAUAAUGAUGGGAGCAGUAAACGGUCAUGUUUGGGUUAUUCCCUUGUAAAAAUGGCUGGCGUGACAUGCAGUACAACACUGGAGAUUAUUUUUACUCAAAGGGAGGUGCAAGUCGGCGAAUAUAGACCAACGCUGUGCGUUGUGCCACAAUAUAUAAUCUGUAAUUGUAUGAAGCCUUGCCAAGGCAAGAGUCUCAACAGCACAACUUCAUAAGCCUGAAUCAUCACCGUCACAAGCAAACUAAUGUACAGUGGAAAUAAUUUAUAAAAUAGUUUCUAUCUCCUUUAUUUAUUUGUCUAUUUAUUUGUUUGUUUGUUCAUUUGUUUAGUUAGUUUGUUUAAGUACAGUAGUCAUUGGAAACUAUCUGAAAACUACAUGGGCAUGAACAAAAGAGCAGUCACUCCCCUCUGAGUGUUACGGAGUUUGAAGGCAAGCAUAUUCAAAAGUACAGGAUGUAAUUGAGUGUGUGAAUAGUAUGAAAUUGUCACUUUGUAUCUGCUGUAAAUGUGUGUUUCUAAAGCGUCGAGCUACAGGUGAAAAAGACAAUCCUACAAAGUCUACUGUGGAAAGAAAAAAAUAAAAUAAAACAUACAACCACUACCACCAACUACAAAGAA